CACAUGGUGCAAGCAGAGCAGACGGAACCCAGUCUCCAACAAGAGCUGCUUCAAAUGGGAGGACCAUCCAUCAGAACGUCACAUAACACAUAACCUCAGGGAGCCACGGACCAGCAGGCUCAGUGAGAUCUCAUUUCAGCUCAUUUCUGACUCUGCACUAGAAAGCAGGACUGACCAGCCGUGAUGGACGAGCAGAAGACUCCCACCCCCAGAGCUAGUAAGGGGGUGGGCCCCCGAGAGGGCAGGAGGACAGCGAGACGGCGGAGGGAGUUACGGAACACCCAGGAUUCACAGCAACUGGAGCAAGAGGCCAGCUGGAGCUCUGGGGAACGCUUCAUGGUGGAGAAAGUCCAUGAGUUCUUCCAGGAGUGCGGUGGGGCUGAGAGGGGCUACAUCACUUGCGAUGAUAUGGAGAAGCUGCAGGACAAGUUUGAUUUCAGUCCUGAGGAGUUAGAGAUGGUGUUCAAUAAACUGGAUGUUGAUCAGAGUGGCCACCUCACUCCCGAGAAGCUGACUAAGGGCCUAAGCCACUUUCUAACGGAUCAGAGGCUGGGCGAGGAUGAUUCACAGCCACAGAACCUUCCAGAAUCUUUGUAUCAAUCCCAGGGCUUGCAGCAGCAGGUCGAAGUGGAAGAUGAAGAAAAGCAACUGUUUGCUGCUCUGAUGGAGAGACUGGGAGCCAGUACAAUCUUCCCAGAUGAGGCGGAGAUAUGGAAACUGUGGGUCCAACUCCGACGCAAUGAGCCCAACUUACUUGGUCACCUGGAAGAUUUCCUCUCCAAGGUCACUGUUCGGAUCCAGGAUGCUCAGAGUGAGAAGGACGACUUGGAACGCACUCUGAAAAAGAAGAUGGUGGAGCAUAAUACCGAGGUUCAGAAACUCUACGAGGAAAUGGAGCUCCAAAUCAACAACGAGAAAGAUCGGAUCGAGACUGAAAAUACUGUGAAGCUCCAUGCUCAGAGCCAGGACUUGCAGAAGGAGUUAGACAGCAAACAGGAGGAAGUACAACAUCUGGUGCAAGCUCAGGCACAGUUAGAGGCGGAGCUUGUCUUCCUGCGCAGUAAACAGAAUGAGGCCAUCACUGAGAAUGAGAUGCUCAAAGUGACCAACCAGGAGCUGGAGACGAGGCUGGAGCAGGUCCAACAAGAUCUUCAGGAAGCCCAGGAUCGGCUGGUAUAUCAACAGGAGGAAGCAGCUCACCGAGAGGAGAGAGAAGGAGAGCGGGAUCAACCUCCCAGCAAUGAUGGACUGCACUUCACUGAAGUUGAUCCACAGAAAGAGACCAGGCAGAGGUGGGGAUCUGACACCAGUCAGGGGUUUACAAGGUCCGAGUGUCUUCAGAGGAACUUGGAAAGUUCAGGCCAUGUGACCCGCAUCAUUUCAAUUGAAGAAGAACCCCUGCCACAUCAGGUCCAGGUCUUUGGGGUACAAAAGUCAAGGCUCACCAGACAGGAAGUCGACAUGAGCACUGUCAAAGAUGGAGAAGCAGUCUUUGAAGAUAGAACAGAGCCUUUAUGGAGUGAAGGAGAGGCACAUCCUGCAGAAGAGUUACAGGUGGAGCUUGUCUCUCUGCACAGUAAACAGGACGAAGCCAUCACUGAAAUUGAGAUGCUCAAAGUGACCAAUCAGGAACUAGAGACAAAGCUGGAGGAGAUCCAACAGGAUCUUCAGGAAGCCCGGGAUCGGUUGGUGGAUCAACAGGAGGAAGCAGCUCACCGAGAGAAAAGAGAAGGGGAACAGAAAGAGGCAAUCGCUGAGAUGGAGAAGCUGAAAGUGACCAAUCAGGAGCUGGAGACCAGGCUACAGCAGGUCCAACAGGAUCUUCAGGAAGCUCGGGAUCGGCUGGUGGAUCAACAUGAGGAAGCAGCUCACCAAGACGAGAGAGAAGGGGAACAGAAAGAGACAAUCGCUGAGAUGGAGAAGCUGAAAGUGACCAAUCAGGAAUUGGAGACGAAGCUGGAGCAGGUCCAACAGGAUCUUCAGGAAGCCCGGGAUCGGCUGGUGGAUCAACAGGAGGAAGCAUCUCACCGAGAGGAUAGAGAAAGGGAACAGAAAGAGGCAAUUGCUGAGAUGGAGAAGCUGAAAGUGACCAAUCAGGAGCUGGAGACAAGGCUGCAGCAGAUCCAACAGGAUCUUCAGGAAGCUCGGGAUCGGCUGGUGGAUCAACAGGAGGAAGCAGCUCACCGAGAUGAGAGAGAAGGGGAACAGAAAGAGGCAAUUGCUGAGAUGGAGAAGCUGAAAGUGACCAAUCAGGAGCUGGAGACGAGGCUGGAGCAGAUCCAACAGGACCUUCAGGAAGCCCGGGAUCGGCUGGUGGCUCAACAGGAGGAAGCAGCUCACCGAGAGGAUAGAGACGGGGAACAGAAAGAGGCAAUUGCUGAGAUCGAGAAGCUGAAAGUGACCAAUCAGGAGCUGGAGACAAGGCUAGAGCAGGUCCAACAGGAUCUUCAGGAAGCUCGCGAUCGGAUGGUGGAUCAACAGGAGGAAGCAGCUCACCGAGAGAAGAGAGAAGGGGAACGGAAAGAGGCAAUUGCUGAGAUGGAGAAGCUGAAAGUGACCAAUCAGGAGCUGGAGACAAAGCUGGAGCAGAUUCAACAGGAUCUUCAGGAAGCCCAGGAUCGGCUGGUGGAUCAACAGGAGGAAGCGGCUCACCAAGAGGAGAGAGAAGGACUUCAGAGAACUCGCUCCAUCCGACGCCGUGUGACCCAAAAACCGACCCCCCUGGGAGAGGACCCUGCACUCACUCACCUGAGGGUCGAAGGUCAGGGUGUGACCGUGGCGAUGGGCGAUGACGGAGAUGGAGUCACUGAGGAACCAGCAGCAUCUUCAGGAAGUGACGAAGCAGCAGAGAGAAUGAAAGAGUUACAGGAGGAGCUUGUCUCUCUGCGCAGUAAACAGGACGAGGCCAUUGCUGAGAACCAAAAACUCAAAGUGAUCAACCAGGAGCUCGAGGCAAAGCUGGAGCAGAUUCAACAGGACCUUCAGGAAGCUCGGGAUCGGCUGGUGGAUCAACAGGAGGAAGCAGCUCGCCGAGAGGAGUCAGAAGGACUUCAGAGAACUCGCUCCAUCCGACGCCGUGUGACCCAAAAACCGACCCCACUGGGAGAGGACCCUGCACUCGCUCACCUGAGGGGCGAAGGUCAGGAUGUGACCGUGGCGAUGGGCGAUGACGUAGAUGGAGUCACUGAGGAACCAGCAGCAACUUCAGGAAGUGAUGGAGCAGGAGAGAGAAUGAAAGAGGUGGGAAGCAGCAAAGAUCCUGACCAUCUCUACAACAUCAUGUUUGUUGGGAAUGCCAACGCUGGGAAAACAUCCUUCAUUCAGCGGUUUUACGACAAUAGUUUCAAACCUGGGUUAGCUUCCACAGUAGGGAUGGACUAUCGAGUGAAGACCUUGACAGUGGACAACAGACAUAUUGCCCUUCAGCUCUGGGAUACUGCAGGACAAGAGCGAUUCCGCAGUUUAACCAAACAGUUCUUCAGGAAGGCUGAUGGAGUGAUCGUGAUGUAUGACAUUACAUCGUCCAGCUCGUUCACUGAGGUACGCUACUGGCUGGGAUCUAUCAAGGAAACAGUGGAUGAUAAUGUUGCCAUUCUUCUCCUGGGGAACAAGACAGAUGAUGUUGCUCACCGUCAAGUGCCCACCCCCGAGGGGCAGCGUCUUGCUCAGGAGUACAACAUCAUGUUCUAUGAGUGUAGUGCCUGUACUGGUCACAAUAUUAGCACAGCCAUGCUGCAGCUGACAAAAUUGCUGAAACAGCAGGACGAGAAAAUCAAAGACUCAGUAGUAGAGAUGGUGAAUCAGCCCAGGAAGAAGGGGAAAUGCUGCACGUAGCCUGUAACACUGCCCUGUCCCAUUGCACUCACCCAUUACACUGUCCCAUCACUGUACACUGUCCCAUCACUGUACACUGUCACCUUGUACCCUUGUUGCACUCUUACCAUAGCCCUACUGUUGCUGGAAAAUUCCUCGAAUACCCUUCAGAAACACUUGCCCUGUCUGUGUUUUACACUAUUACUCCCCCAGUUUAUAUUUGGAUAAUUAAAGUCUCCCAAUAUAACACCGUAUAGAUUUUGUACCACUCUGUCUUUUUCUUACAAAUCUGAUGAAUAGCUAUACCUUUCGUUGGUAGCCUAUAGUAUACAUCCACUAGUGUAAUGGCCCCACUAUUGUUUCUUAGCUCUAUCACAGACUUCAAGGAGCUGUGAUCCAGUAAAAUCUCACAUUCAAUUCUCAACUUUGAACAAUCAAACUAUUCCUUGUCAUAAUCAUAAUAAAAUAGUAAUCUAUUUUACACUUAUGUAUAAAUCUUCUCAGCAACAGGUAUUUUGAUGCUUCAGAGCUACAAUUUAUGAAAUGUUAAAUCUCUAAAAUAUAUUGAAAACUUGCAUAGAUCAAACAUCAUAAGUGUAAAAAAACCAUAUUUUUUCAUUUUUGGGACAAUAAACUGCAAUUGAAGCUGUACUGCUGAAACUGAAAAGACAUGAGAGUUUGUAACCCGAGAAUCAAGUGUUGUAUAUUGUUGAACUGUGCAAAAACAAUGUUGUUGUUUUGGAAGUAAAAACAAAGAUAAUUCAAGACUGAUCAUCACCAAGAAUAUUUUGAGCUAAGGAAAUUCUGCCUGACAACUUGCACUGCAACAUGUCAUAGAAGUUGUCAAUGCCAACAGUGGCAGAGUGUGAAAAACAACUAGAGUGUUCAGGUAGACAGUGUCUCUCUCUCUCUCUACCACCCCGCCCCCCCUCCCGCUCUUCCAUGUGGUGAGAAUGACAGAAAACCCAAGAAAGCUUAAAAGAAAUAAUUCAUCCAAAAUACUUCAGGUCCCUGAUCAACCAUCAGAUCAAAGGAUGACCAUCAAUGUGCAGACAACACCCUAUUUUAUCUGUAAACCUCAAAAAGACUGAGGGAAAUUCACUUUCCACCUUGUUGUUUGGACAUUUGAUCUUCAGAAUUUUGCUUACUCUGUACAUAUUCUUUUAUAGCCAGAGUUUAUAUGUUAAACUGUUCAUAUUUAGUUUGCCCUAAUCAUGUUUAAGUUUGUUUGUGCACAUGUGUGUGUUUGUGUGUGCACAUAUGAGAGGGUUGGAUUAUGAGGAGAGACUGAGUAGACUUGGCUUAUACUCAUUGGAAUUCAGAAGAAUGAGGGGAGAUCUAAUAGAAACAUAUAAGAUUAUAAAGGGAAUAGAUAAAGUGGAGGCAGGGAGGUUGUUUCCGCUAGCAGGUGAAACUAGGACUAGAGGGCAUCGCCUCAAAAUAAAGGGAAGCAGAUGUACGACUGAGGUCAGGAGGAACUUCUUCACCCAAAGGGUUGUGAAUCUGUGGAAUUCCCUACCCAGUGAAGCGGUUGAAGCUACAUCGCUGAAUGUUUUUAAGGCAAGGCUAGAUAAAUUUUUGAACAGUAAAGGAAUUAAGGGUUAUGGUGAGCAGGCGGAUAAGUGGAGCUGAGUCUCAAAAAGAUCAGCCAUGAUCUUAUUAAAUGGCGGGGCAGGCUCGAGGGGCCAGAUGGCCUACUCCUGCUCCUAGUUCUUAUGGUCUUAUGUAUGUGUGUGUACGCGUGUGUGUAUGUGCGCAUGUGUGUGUUUGUGUGUGUGUGUGUUUGGUGUUUUUGAAGGAGUGGAGUUGUAUAAAUCAGAAAUCUGUUAUUUUUACUGCUCUUUUUAUGUGAACAGGGUUGUUUUCACUAUUACUGAAGAAAUCUGGUGUGAAUUGCUCUUGUUCUGAGUCAUGGACUGUCAGCAAGUGUUUAUUCUGAUGGUUGUGGAACAGUGGGGCACGGUUAUCUGCACACUCUACCCACUUGUACCAAAAGUUACAAUCGCUUUGAAAUGAUGCCAAGCACCAUCAUGUUCACAGCUCACAUUUUGCCUGUAGCCAAUGGCACAAGUUACUGAUAAAUGUUUAGUUUUUAAUAACUUGUUUUAUUUUUCUAAACUUUGACCAAUAUUGUAUAUGCAGGAAGGUAUCAUUCAAUUAACACUUUGUGCAAAUCUUGAAAAUAUUAUCAAAUGCCUUUUUUUUGACGCAUGUAUGUUUUGUGAGCAUCAGUAAAAUGAUGUUUGCUUAGAAAUCCAUCAAAAUGUCUUUUGUCUUUUUACAUUGUCGGCAUUUAAAUAACAACAUUAAAGCUCUAAGAAUAUUAUGUUUUUGGCAAA